AAUCAGCAUAGCAGACUCCUCCACUGCACCUAAUUGCAAGCCGAAGCCAAGGGCCGAGGGGCAAAACCGGCAACUAAAAAGCACCGGCUUUUUCAAAAGGAAGAUGCAAGGAAAGACCGAAGAACCAGAAAUAAGAGGGAGAGAAAAGUGGAGACGAAAUCGAUCGAUUCGAUUCGUGAUCCAAAGCGGAAGGCGUGAAAUCGCACGAUUGGAGAGCGGAAAGCAGCGAUCAUGGCGUGUUCGUCGUCCUCGAGCGGCUCGGAGGAGGAGGAGGAGGGCAUGGACUCCUAUCGCAAGGGUGGCUACCACGCGGUUAGGGCCGGCGACACCUUCUCCGGCGGCCGCUACAUUGCGCAGAGGAAGCUCGGCUGGGGCGAGUUCUCCACCGUCUGGCUCGCUUACGACACUCGUUCCUCCAGUUACGUUGCACUCAAGAUCCAGAAAAGUGCACCCCAAUUUGCUCAAGCUGCUUUACAUGAGAUUGAAGUUCUUUCUGCUAUUGCUGAUGGUGACCCCUCAAAUAGUAAGUUUGUUGUACGAUUAGUAGAUCACUUCAAGCAUAUAGGCCCAAAUGGACAGCAUUUGUGCAUGGUCCUUGAGUUUCUUGGCGAUAGCCUGCUCCGCCUGAUCAAAUAUAACCGUUAUAAAGGCCUUGAGUUGAAUAAAGUUAGAGAGAUUUGCAAAUGCAUUUUGAUUGGGUUGGAUUACCUGCACAGAGAACUCGGAAUAAUACACACAGACCUAAAGCUUGAAAAUAUUCUUCUUUUUUCCACUAUUGAUCCUGCCAAAGAUCCAAUAAGGUCUGGUUUUACCCCAAUCCUUGAAAGGCCCGAGGGAAGUUCAAAUGGUGGAUUCACCACAAACUUUAUUGAGAAAAAGUUAAAAAGGAGGGCAAGGAGGGCAGUGGCUAGGAUGUCAGAAAGAAGAGCUUCAAUGGGAGUGACCGGAAUGACUCCAAAACCAGAAAGAUGCUUGGAUGGGAUUGAUAUGAGGUGUAAGGUUGUGGAUUUUGGAAAUGCAUGCUGGGCUGAUAAGCAGUUCCCAGAGGAAAUUCAAACAAUGCAGUAUAGGGCCCCUGAAGUUAUACUUCGUUCUGGUUACUCCUCCUCUGUUGAUAUGUGGUCAUUUGCUUGCAUCACCUUUGAGCUUGCUACAGGAGAAAUGUUGUUUACUCCCAAGGGUGGACAAGGAUUUAGUGAUGAGGAGGAUCACCUUGCUCAAAUGAUGGAAGUGCUUGGAAAGAUGCCACGGAAGAUAGCCAUAGGGGGAGCCCGAUCCAAAGAUUACUUUGACAGACAUGGGGAUCUGAAGAGGAUCCGGAGGCUGAAAUACUCGUCGCUGGACAGAUUGCUGAUCGAUAAAUUUAAAUUUGAAGAGAGUGAUGCUCAGGAGUUGUCUGAGUUUCUCACUCCCCUCCUGGAUUUUUCACCAGAGAAGAGGCCAACCGCUCAGCUGUGUCUGCAACACCCGUGGCUCGACCUCAGGAAUCCGAACGUGAACGGGGUCUGACUGAAUCUAGUUCCAGAAAACUGGAUGUUGAAAUGAGCACCCUUCGGAAUAAGGUGGGAAAGUGAAGAAGGGAUCAAAGGUUUUAUUUUCUGCUCGUGUCCCUCCCUCCACCUGGAUGACUUUGCUUGAGAUUUAUUUUUUUAACACUUUGACUCUUAAUUAACAAAUAUAUGUAGCAUAGUGAACGCUUACUUUUGUGAGAAAUUACCUCAAAUAGAGAAAUUUGACAGACAUGUUACUACUAUUGAGAUUUUUAGCUUUGUAUACACGAAAGGAUUCUGGUGAACAUGUCACCCAAACAUGUUUUGGUUAUUGUUUUUCCA